AUUGGUUGAGUUACUGAACUAAACGACAAGCUGCAAAUAUAAAGGAUUGGAGAGUAGGCGCUGUUGGUCAAGUCGUGUUGUGUUCUUAAGUGUGUUUGUUUUGCGCCUAAACCAGGUUUCACAGGUUGAACCUGCAGUUAAACCCUUGGCUUGGUAUUUUAUCUGGAAAAAUGAGCUCCAAUGGCCUUGCUCCAUAUGCCGCCUCUAUGAACAUGUCUGCUCAGCUAAGGGUGGCUGGUCCUCGUGUGAAGGCUGGCCAGAGGGUUGUUCUGGGUGUUUUGACAAAUGAUCAUCAUGGCAGAAGUACCCAGGGCCUUCCAUCUAAACAUGGAUCAGCAUUGCACAAUGUGAUUGUCCAUGGAGAUGAUGCCUGGUCCUCUUCAGACUUUGAUGUUCGUGUGGUUGAACCAGAUGAGGUGCAAGCUGCUAAACACCCUGCAGAGCUGUUUGCUGUUUUUAAUCCUUCAGAGCUUCAGAUUUUGUCUACUGUUAAUGAUUUCACAUCAGGAUCAAGUCUGGAUGCUUCUAUGCAAUCCCUGCCAGAGGAUGAAAUGGUCACUUCUGAGGAUGUCUUGUCUGUUGCUGAGUAUGCAGUUGAGAUUCACCAACACCUGAGAGACUGUGAAUUGAGAUAUAGGUCAAAGCCUGGCUACAUGAACAAGCAGCCAGACAUCACCAACAGCAUGAGGGUCAUCCUGGUUGACUGGUUGGUAGAAGUUUCUGAGGAAUACAAACUAUGUUCUGAAACUGUUCAUCUUGCUGUGAAUUACCUGGACCGCUUCCUCUCCUGCAUGUCUGUUCUUCGAGGGAAACUACAACUUGUUGGGACUGCUGCAAUUCUUUUGGCUGCGAAAUAUGAAGAGAUCUAUCCUCCAGAGUUGAAUGAAUUCGUCUAUGUCACUGAUGACACCUACACCAAAAAGCAGCUCCUGCGCAUGGAGCACCUUAUGCUCAAAGUGCUGUCCUUUGACAUGACUGCACCAACAAGUCACCAGUUUUUGAUGCAGUAUAUCUUGGAGGAAGCUGUCUGUGUUAAAACUGCAAAUCUUGCUUUGUAUGUUUCAGAACUGAGCUUACUUGAAGUGGACCCAUUUCAGCAUUAUCUUCCAUCAAUGAUUGCAGCUGCAGCUUACUGUUUGGCAAACUACACUCUUAACAGAGCCUUAUGGCCUGACUCUCUGUAUGCCUUUACUGGCUACACUCUGUCUGAGAUUGCACCAUGUCUGAUUCUGCUCCAUCAGCUCCACUUGGCUGCAAAAAGUCGGCCCCAACAGGCCAUUUGUGAGAAGUACAGGAGCACAAAGUACUGCCGUGUAUCCCUGAUUAAACCACUGGAGACUUUGCCACUGCACUGAUGUUUAGUGACUCUGAAGACCAACUGCAGCGCUUAUUCCUCCAUUUUGUAAAUACUGAAUGAACUGUCAAGACUUUUUUUAAAUUAUUGAUUUUAAUUUGUGAUUUUUAUCAUAGUCCAUAAAAUGAUCUUAAAGUUGGCAAUUUAAUGCUGCUAACUUGUCUAAAAAUGUGUAACUGGUCAUGGGCCUGGAUUCCUCUGUAGAGGCAUUGGUUAUGAUUUUUGUAUCCUCAAACCUGUCAUGGAAUGCAGACUGCUAAUUUUUUCAA